UGAACUCUCAGCCGCGAUAUAUAUAUAAAAUCCUGGACUCGCCUGCUGUCUUGUCUUGUCCCCACUACACCAACCGUCGCCGCUGGGCUAUGAUCAUGCCGUGCGUGAGCUCUGGUAAACUUCAGGGAACUGUUGCCUGCAAGAGGUUCUCGCCCCUUCCUGUUUAAAGUCAAAUCGCGAUUUCUAAGCCCAGCCUCUGUGAGAACAGGUAGCGAGCUUGCCUACGGACUUACAGCCUGUCUCAACCCCGUAUCACCGAGAUGUGGAAAGCAGCAGUGGGCCAUAAUGUUAAAGUGGAUCAGGAGAAGGAUGGAGAUGAUUGGGAAACAGAUCCUGACUUUGUCAAUGAUAUUUCAGAACAGGAGCAACGAUGGGGAGCAAAGUCUGUUGAUGGGUCUGGUCGGCCCCAGCACAUCAAUGUGCACGAGCUGAGGGAGAAUGUCUCAAAGGAUCACGAGACCUUGAAGAAGAAGGAAAUGGAGGAAGGAUCAAAAGCAUCAUAUGGUUAUGGUGGAAAGUUUGGAGUCCAGAGGGAUCGGAUGGACAAGUCUGCAUUAGGAAAUGAGUAUGUUGCUGAAGUGGCAAAGCAUUCAUCACAGACCGAUGCAGCCAAAGGAUUUGGUGGGAAGUAUGGCGUACAGAAAGAUCGAACAGACAAGUCAGCCGUGGGAUAUGAGUACAAAGGAGAAGUGGACAAGCAUGCUUCACAAAAAGAUUAUGCCAAAGGAUUUGGUGGCAAAUAUGGAGUGGAAAGGGAGAAGGUGGAUAAAUCUGCUGUGGGAUACGACUACAAGGGAGCAACGGAGAAACACGACUCCCAGAAAGAUUAUGCCAAAGGAUUUGGUGGCAAAUAUGGAGUAGAAAAGGAGAGGGUGGAUAAAUCUGCUGUGGGAUACGACUACAAAGGUCUGACUGAGAAACACGAGUCACAGAAAGAUUAUGCAAAAGGAUUUGGAGGAAAAUUUGGAGUCCAGAAGGGUCAUCAGGAUCAGGCUGCCCAUGGAUGGGACCACAAGGAGGAAGUGAAACUGCACGAGUCCCAGACAGAUUAUGCCAAGGGCUUUGGAGGACGUUAUGGGGUGCAGCAGGACCGGAUGGAUAAGAGUGCAGCUACCUUCACGGAAAUGGAGAGUCCAACGACGUCCUACCAAAAGACAGUGCCAGUGGAAGCCGCCAGCAGCAGUGCACGGAGCUUGAAGUCAAGGUUUGAAAAUAUGGCUAAAGCCAGUGAUGAGGACAACAAAAAGAGAGCAGAGGAGGAGCGUGUUCGGAGACAGGCGCGAGAGAGAAUGGAACGGGAAGAAGCACGCAGGAAGCAGCAGGAACGGAUGGAGCAAGAGAUUCCAGAACCUGAGAAUGCUGAACAGAUCCCACCGACUCCUCAGAGGCGGGGUCCGAAACCAGUGGAAAAGCCCGAGCCUGAGCCCGAGCCCGAGCCAGAGCCUGAGCCCGAGCCUGAGCUCGAGCCACAGCCCGAGCCACAGGAAGACCAAGUCUAUGAUAAUCCUGAUUCUUAUGAGGAAUCAGCAAUGGAUGACUAUGAAAAUAUUCCUGAAUUUGCUGGCCAGGCAGUUCCCAACAAGGAUUUGGAAGAUCAAGGAGACUAUGAACAGUUGUCACCAGUCUCUGAAAUGAAAACAGAAACACCCAGUUCUGGUGCCGAGAAUGUUUACGACAUUGCCGAUUCUGGUGUGACUGCAGUAGCUUUGUAUGAUUAUCAAGGAGAAGGUGACGAUGAAAUCUCCUUUGAUCCUGAUGACAUCAUCACAAACAUUGAGAUGAUUGAUGAGGGCUGGUGGCAGGGUCAAUGCCGUGGGAAAGUUGGCCUCUUUCCAGCCAAUUAUGUGCAACUGUCAAAGUGAACAUUGACCAGCUCGAUAGGAUGCAAAAUGUCAAUGAUCUCUUUGCCUCCACAGAUGUUACUUGACCAAAGUUCCUCUAGCAGUUUCUUGUGUCUCCAACAGGAAUUUAGAUUACUCAUUUUCUAUUAAUGUCAAACCAUUGGUGUCUGAAGCAAUUUGUUUUCAUAACUAUUUAGUGUUUGCCAAGCAUACUUCCUUUCCUCCUACUGAAAUCUGUAUAUUUUCAUUGCCUUAACUGAAGCAGUUGCCAUACUAACAAGGCAAUUAUUUCAUUGGGAGUGUCUAUUCAGCCGAAUAGCCUAUACUAGUACUGACCCAUUAACCAGUCCUUCAUAGUCUAAUACCAUUUCCUCAGAUUUUUAUUUAAUUUUCUCCUUCACAAACCAUGGAACAAUGGACUCCUAUAUGGUUCAAUCACCAGAAUCUCAAGUUGGUGGGUACUGAAAUGCAUUUAACUAGGCAUCUUGUGUCCUUUACUAUGAGAACUGCUCCCUCCCAUGGUUAUCUUUCUCAAUAGAAGACCAUAAGACAUACGAACAGAAUUAGGCCACUCAGCCCCAUAGACCUACCUUCUCGCGAUAUCCUUUGAUGCCCUAACUGAUCAGGAAAUGAUCAACUUGCGCCUUAAAUACAUGCAUGGACUUGGCCACCACUGCAGUCAGUGGCAAAGCAUUCCACAGAUAUAUUACUCUUUGGCUAAAAGAAUUCCUCCUUAUCUCUGUUCUAAAGGGCCACCCCUCAAUUUUGAAGCUGUGCCCUCUAGUUCUGGAUUCCCCCACCAUAGGAAACAUCCACUCCACAUCCACCCUAUCCAGUCCUUUCAACAUUCGGUAUGUUUCAAUGAGAUCCCAUCCACCCCCACCCCCCGCAGUCUUCUAAAGUCUAGUGAGUACAGGCCCAAAGAUGCCAAAUGCUCCUCUUAUGUUAACACCUUUAUUCCCGGAAUCAUCCUUGUGAAUCUCCUCUGGAUUCCUUCCAAUGAUAACACGUUCUUUCUUAGAUAUGGGACCCAAAACUGUUGAUAAUACUCUAAGUGUGGCCUGACUAGUUUCUUAUAAAGGCUCGCAUUACCUCCUUGCUUUUACAUUCUAUUUCCAUUGAAAUAAAUGCCAACUUUGCAUUUGCCACCUUUACUACAGACUCAACCUGUGAAUUAGCCUUCUGGAAGUCUUGCACAAGGACUCCUAAGUCCUCCUGCACCACUGAUGUUUGAACCUUCUCCCCAUUUAGGAAAUAGUCAUACAUUUCCCAACUCUGUAUUCCAUCUGCCACUUUUCUGUCCAUUCUUCCAACUUGUCUAAACCCUGCUGCAAUCGCAUUGCUUCCUCAGCACAACCUACCCUCCACCUAUCUUCGUAUCAUCCACAAACUUUGCCACAAAGCCAUCAAUUCCAUUAUCUAAAUCAUUGACAAAUAAUGUGAAAAGCAUCGUUCUUCAUACUGACCCCUGAGGAACACCGCUAGUCACUGGCAGCAAACCAGAAAAGACCCCAUUUUAUUCCCACUCGCUGCCUCCUGCCUGUCAGCCAAUCCAGUAUCUUUUCUAUAAUGCCAUGGGAUUUUAUCUUGUUAAGCAACCUCAUGUGUGGCACCUUAUCAAACGCCUUCUGAAAAUCCAACUAAAUGAUAUCCACUGCCUCUCCUUUGUCCACCCUGUUUGUUACUUCCUCGAAGAACUCCAACAGAUUUGUCAGGCAACAUUUCCCUUUACAGAAACCUUGCCAAACCAUGAGGAAAAAUGUUCCUCAUUCAAGUGCCUGGAGGAUAUACCUAAUGAUAAAUUUAUGUUGCAUCUGUCCCCACCUUUGUGAACCCAUCAUCUCUGAAGCAAGAUGGCAUCAACUGUCACAUUGAACCUGGGCAUUUCUCAGCAUGAAUUGGAAUUGGAUUGUGACAGUGAGCCUCAGAUCUUCAACCAGGGACCAAUCAUGACAAUAACAACUGCACUCAUGGAUAGUCCUCAUCUAGUGUUACUGAAUUAUUAUAUCUAACCUAACGCACGAGGAACAUUUGCACUUUGCUGUCACCAUCAACUUUGUUAGCUAAACUUAGCUGUCAGCUUCAAAGUAUGUAUUAUUCCAAUUAAAAAAAUG